AUCAAGUGCAGACAAUAAAUCAUUUUGUUGCUCAUUUCUAUACGGGAGUGUAGCAUCUACUCAGUGAGAGUGAGACGUGCACAGACAAGAAGAUGUUUUAUUCAGGUAUCCUCACUGAGCCUAGUAGGAAGGAGGUGGAAAUGAGGGAAGCUGCAUCUCUCCGACAGCAAAGGAGAAUGAAACAGGCAGUUCAGUUUAUUCACAAGGAUUCAGCAGACCUGCUGCCUCUGGAUGGGCUGAAGAAACUGGGAACUUCAAAAGAUACCCAACCACAUAACAUUCUGCAAAGACGCUUAAUGGAGACAAACUUAUCCAAAUUACGAAACUACCAUGGCACAUGGACUCCCAAGAAUGACAUUUCAGCACAGACCAAUAAGCUGAAUCAAGCCAAACCAGACACCCCAAAGAAAACAGAGGAAGAAGAACUUAUAUUGGUGAGCUGCCAGUGUGCUGGAAAGGACUUGCAAGCUGUGGUUGACACCGGUUGUCAACAUAAUCUCAUAUCAUCUGCUUGUUUGGAUAGACUCGGGUUGAAGCAGCAUAUCAAAAUGUACAAUAAUGAAGAUGAGAAAAUUUUGCUGCCAUGGAACGUAAGGGUGAUUGGUCAGGUUGAACAUUUAACGGUUACAAUGGGAACCAUCCAUGUGGACUGUUUUGCAGUUGUCAUAGAAGACAAUGAGAAAACCUUCUCCCUUGGGCUGCAGACUUUGAAAUCUCUGAAGUGUGUCAUAAAUAUGGAAAAGCAUCAUCUUGUACUGGGGAAGGCAGACAGGGAAGAAAUCCCAUUUGUUGAUAAUAAUAUCUCUGCAAAUGGAGGAAACACAUCUGAGGCAUGAAGAAAGACUGAAACCUCCCCUUCCCCUGACAGGAAACCCUAACGUCAAAGAAAAACUGUGCAGCUUUUCUAGAUGAAACAGCAACAUAAUACAUUGGUAACACCUAAACUAGGCUUCAUUUAAGUACACUUAAUCUGUAUAGCCAGUAACUUUUGAGAUCUUGUCUUGUAGAUCUAUGUUUUUUGAGAUACAAACGUGCUUUUUUCUGGACUUUCCUACUGUGCCCCACUUACUUUUGACUGGUAAGACAAACCUUAUGAAUUUAUUCUAAUGAUGAGAAGAGUCAUUUUUAUAGACGCCUCAUAUGAAAUAAUUUUCUUUCAUGCUGAGUAUAGGCUGCCAGAAUUAGGUUUUUUUUAACAAUGAUUUUUUCAGCUGUUAAGUAUUUAUAUACAAUAAAUUGACAUCACCAGGUUCAAACCAGGACACUAGUCAUAUUGAAAUAUCAACCUAAAUCUUAUACAUUGGUCAAAGGUCAUCCUAAUAGUAGUUUCAUAGUAGCUAGGGUCAAGAGGGCCCUGAACAGAUCAUCUAGCCUGCCCCCCUGCCACAGGCAGGAAUGAAUGCUGGGUUCACAAGACCCCAGACAGGGGAUCGU